AUGCGUCCAACUCUUCGUCUUUCCUUUCUGGCCGUCUUAGCCACAUGCGCCUCAGCAUUCGCUAGGCCCACUGUCUUUGCGCGUAACAGCCUGACAGAAGCUGUCAAUACUUUGGAAUGCCGAUGUGGCAGUGCAGAGUUUCUCACACUGCCUCACGCCAAUAUCACUGCUCGGGAAAAGGCUAGGCAAUGCUCAAGCUACAAGUUGAUUGACGCCCGUGGAACCACUGAACCGCAGGGCGUCUCUACAAUGUUCUACCCCAUGAUCGAGAACAUCCUUGCCAAUAUCAGUGGUGGUGUGAGUCUACCUGUGGAGUAUCCAGCGGGUACUGCCCAGAACACGACUACUGGCGAGAAUUUCGUAUUGGAUAUUAUUAGAGAAGGCCUUUAUCAAUGCCCUGGUCAGAAGUAUGCUCUCUUUGGCUACUCCCAAGGCGCUACCUUGAUGCUCAGAGUCCUCAACCGACUUGAUCAUCGUGCUCUAAGCUUGGUCAAAUCAGUCAUCCUCGUCGGUAACCCGUAUCGCACGCCUGGAAGGUUGUCUAGUGUCAAUGAAAAAGGUCAAAGAGAUUAUAGUGACUCUGUUGGCAUAUUCACAUCUUCCGCUCUUGCUGAAAACAAAUCCGCUGCCGUUCCGCAACUUUCGGUUGAUAUCGACCGUAGUGGCAAGGUUUUGGAUUAUUGUCUUGCUGGAGAUGGUGUAUGCUCCUACAACUCCGCAUGUCCUUGUCAAACUCCCGCUGGUCAUCUCUCCUAUGGACUAGUCGACACUGUGCAAACGACUGCCUUUGAACAUGUUGUUUCUCGAAUCAAGGGUGGUUUUAAAUAA